AUGGGGGGCGUCGGGACCACCGCGGGCGCCGCCCCGACGGGUACGGCGGUGCUCGUCAUGGCUCUACUAGUCACUGUGACCAGCAGCAGCCUCGCGCUCACCAUGGCGUACCUGUUCCGCAGCGGAUACCCGUACCAGAGCACGGUGCUCGCCGCGCAGCAGCUGGUCUGCACCGGGUUCGGCGUGGUGGCCAUGCAGCUCAUGCCCGAAGAGCGCGCGAAGCUGAGGAUCUCGCGGAGCAACUACCUCACCAUGCUUCUGCCGUUCACGAUCGUGCUCAGCGCCAAGCUUUUCCUGCAGAACAAGGCUGUGCAGUACGUGUCGCCGGCCUUCUACGCCAUGACCGGGCAGCUGCUGCCGGUGGGCGUCACCAUCGCGGGAUUCCUGACGGGCUCGCAGCGGUUCAAAUGGUCCACCGUGUGCGCCGCGGCGGUGGUAUCCGUGGGCGGCAUGCUCAUCAAGGCUGGCCAAAUGGAGCUCUCGCCGUUCGGUUUCAUCCUCACCAUGUCGUCUUUGGGCUUGGACGUCGUGAGGCUGCUGUUGAUGCAGUACCUGCUGCAGCCGCUGAAGCUCACGGGCAUCGGGAUGAUGCUGCUCUCGGCGCCGCAGCAGUGCAUCCUCUUCUGCGUCAACGGCGUGUUCACCGAUGUCGGCGCCAUCGCACGGCGCAUGCAGCUCACCGAGGACGAAGGAGGGUUCGGUCCCGAAUUUCUGCCCAUCGUGGCGACGGUUUGCGCGCUGGCGGUGGGCGUGGUCCUGUUCAACCUCUUCUUCGUCAAGAUGACCAGCGCCAUCAUCAGCGCCAUCUGCACACCUUUCAAGGAUCUGUGCACGAUCAUCAUGUCGGACUUGUUCGUGGAUCCGAGGACGGAGACGCCGAGGGCGAUGGCGGGGUUCGGGCUGGCGUGCACCGCGUCUUUCGUGUACAACGUCCACGACAUCUACGCGAGGAGAAAGGAGAAGGAGCGGGAGGAGGAGGAGAAGAAGCCGCUGCUGGAGGAGGAGGGCCGGGCCGGGGGGAGAGGCGGCGGGGAUGCGGACGCGGAAGGCGGGGCUGGGGACGACGCGGCCGGUGAACGCGGCGAGGGUGACUGGACCUAUACGGAUGCGUACAAGGUCGGUUUCACCUGCUGCGGCGCGGGCGUCGUCGUCUACUCCGCCGCGUUAUGCUGGCAACUCCACCACCUGUGA